AUGGCGCUUCAUCAAUUUGAUUACAUUUUCGCGAUAGCGAUGAUCUUUGCGUUCCUUGAUGCUUGGAAUAUUGGAGCCAAUGAUGUUGCCAACAGUUUCGCAACCUCUGUUUCCUCGAGAUCAAUAACCCUCAAGCAAGCAAUGUGCAUUGCGACUGUGAUGGAGUUCGCUGGAGCGGUCGGUGUUGGUGCUCGGGUAGCAGACGCAAUCAGAGGAAAGAUCCUGACGACGAAGGCGUUUGAACAAGAGCCAACAAUUUUGAUGCUGGGAAUGACAUGUGCCCUUGUUUCUUCUUCUUUAUACCUAUCACUGGCUACCAGACUUGGACUUCCGGUAUCUACAACACACAGCAUCAUUGGGGCUGUCAUCGGCGUCGGCAUUGCCACACUUGGUACUGACGGUGUCAACUGGGGAUGGAAUGGUGUCGCGCAGAUCUUCGCAACCUGGGGAAUCGCGCCUGGUAUCGCAGGUUGUUUUGCAUCUAUCAUCUUCAUGAUCACGAAAUACGGGGUGCUCAAGCGCAAGAAUCCACUUCGAGCUGCCUUUAUCAUGGUGCCUUUUUACUUUGCAUUGACCUCGGGUAUCCUCACAAUGUUGAUCGUUUGGAAAGGUGCUGCAUCUGCAGCAUCUGCCGUCAAGAAGUGGGGUCCAGGUGAAUAUAUUGGAGUCAUAUUCGGUGUUGCCUUUGGUGUUGCAUUGCUUUCUGUCCUAUUCCUUCUUCCCUACCUCCAUCGUACACUCCACAUGGGAGAUUGGCAGCUCAAAUGGCACGAUAUGUUCAAAGGUCCGCUAUUGCUUCGACGUGGCGAAGUACCGCCAAACCCAGACGCCAGCGCAACCACUGUGAGAGACUAUUACGCGGGACACAAAACUCGAGAAGAGCUUGAACGCGACGGCCGCAGCAAUCCUCAUCUGGCUAAUGAUAUCGAAGCCGAUAAUCACAACACCAACGAGAAGAUCACAUUCGGAAGCAGCUCAGGACGAACCUCCAACGAAGUCGUAAUCCCUGGGACCACUGUGCCUAGGAAAUGGUAUGAACCUGAAGUUGGCAAGUGGUACGAGCCAAAGAACUUACCAAGAGUUUUAUACAAGGCAUUUUUCCACGGUGUCGAGGUUGAUGUUGUUGCCGAGCAGAAGAAAUCUUCUGUCCUUUGUGGUAAUCUUGAGGAAAUGCACGCCAAAGCCACUCAUUACGAUAACAAAGCCGAACAUGCCUACUCUUAUCUUCAAGUUCUCACAGCGGCUACUGCAUCCUUUGCACAUGGUGCCAACGAUGUCAGUAAUGCUGUUGGACCUCUAGCUACAGUAUACCUGAUCUGGAGCACUGGAAAACUCUCUUCUAAAUCUCCAGUUCCGGUCUGGGUGUUGUGCUACGGAGCGGCAGCACUCGUUGUUGGCCUAUGGACCUAUGGUUACAACAUUAUGCGGAAUCUAGGCAACCGUCUUACUCUACAUUCUCCUUCGCGUGGUUUCUCCAUGGAACUUGGAGCUGCUGUCACUGUCGUUAUGGCCACUCGCUUAGCUCUUCCAGUCUCGACCACACAAUGUAUUGUCGGAGCGACUGUUGGUGUUGGUUUGUGCAAUGGAGAGUUGAAGUCGAUCAAUUGGAGAAUGGUAGCAUGGAUUUACAUGGGAUGGUUCAUCACCCUUCCUGUGACUGGUAUCAUCUCGGGAUGUUUAAUGGGCAUCAUUAUUAACGCUCCCCAAUGGGGCAAUGCUUUGUGA